AUGUGGGACUGGAAGACUCUCCCUUCUCUUACUGGAAAAGUUGCUUUGGUCACGGGAGCCAAUGCUCCCGAGAGCGUUGGAUGGCAUGUUGCCUAUCAACUCGCCCUUCUCAACGCCAAAGUCUUCGUAGGGGCCCGAAACCUCGUUAAAGCCGAAUCCGGUAUCCAAAAGAUGCUGGAAAUCUUACCUAACGUUAACGCAUCUAAUCUAUCUCCCUUCGUUGCUGAUCUCGGGAACUUCAAAGAAGUAGAAAAGGCCGCCAAAGCUUUCAUCGCUCAAGAAGAAAGACUAGAUAUCCUAAUCAACAACGCAGCAGCCCUCUCGAGGCCGAACGACAAAGAUGAAAACGGAAUCAGUAUAAGCUUCGGAACAAAUCACCUGGGGCCAUUCCUUCUAACAAAAACCCUGCUCCCUUUAAUGAUCGAAACAAGUCAACAGCCUAGGUCAGAUGUUCGAAUCAUAAACUUGACUUCGACUUCUCACUACGAGGUCCCACCCACGGCCCGCUACCGCAAUCUCACUGAUUUCAACCAAGACUUUGGAAAUCCUGAUUCUCGCGAAACAAAUCACAUACGCUACGGCUACUCCAAAUUAGCCAAUAUUCUCUUUACAAAGGAACUUCAAAGACGGUUGGAUAAUAUAGAAGUGCCUAUUUUGACAAUAAGUGUAAAUCCAGGGGGAGUAGGGACGGCUGGAGCGGCGAAGUCGAUAGGUGGGAAUGCGGAGGAGAAGUUCAAGAAGGCGGGGGCUUUGACGCCGUUCCAGGGUGCGAUAACACCGCUUUUUGCGGCAGUGCAUUCAGAGCCUAGAGAAGACAUUGAGAGUUUCAAGGGGGCGUUUUUAUUACCUUGGGGUGGGUUGAAGGAGCCAAGUGAGUUAGCCCAGGAUGAGGUUUUAGCAAAAGAACUUUGGGAGACGAGUGAGAAGGUUUUGGAAAAGGUGUUAGUAGGUUAG